AUGACUCGAGGACGGGGUCGGGUACGGUGGGAGGAAGUGCCUGGAGGCUCCACUUCUGCACCGAGGAGUCGCUUGUCUCAGGCGUCAUCCUCUCGUGCACAUGAGCAGAUACCCGAUGAGGAUGAGGUACCUGAGCUGGUUGAGGUACCCGAGAAAGAGGUUCAAGAUUCACCGGCUGCCCGAUUACAUGCAGCAAUGCAACAUGCAAACCUCGGCUAUCUAGGAGGGCCUUCAAACAUCUCCCUCUUGAUCUACUAUAAUGAUCAUGCCGCUAUGCAUGUUUGGGAUAGAGAGGAACGGUUGCCCAUUAAGUCCCUGAACCAGUCGCGGAAAAUAUUUGAUCUUUUUAAACCUAGGGCGUCUUGGUUCAAUGAUGUUGUUGUUGGAUUCGAACUUGGCGGCUUAUUUUGUAUCGGUUAUGUUACUAUAAGCCACGACAUGCAGGGGGCAUUUGCUGAGAGAUGGCAUAAGGGACAUCAUAUUUCCACUUUCCUGUUGAGGAGUUGA